AUGAUAUCUUCUAUCAAGACUACAAAAUCGACUACCUGUCUUCUCUGCGCGGGACCUUUGGAGCAGCCGGACUCCCAUGAGCACUGCAUCGGCUGUUUGGGGUUGGCGCACGCCGAGACGGCGCUCGAGGAUUCUACAUGCGAACACUGCGCCGACCUCCCGAUUCGAGUGCUCAAGACUAGGAGAGCCGUUGCUCGAAGUCUCGCCGGGGAUGUGCCCGCCGCCGCCUCUGUGCCGCCGGCGGGUCCCCCACCAUCUACUUCCUUUGCUCCGCGUCGGGACGAUGACGGCGGUAGCUCUGUUUGCAGCGUUCCCCCGCCAAAACCUCCCGUCGUCUUCACGAAGGAUGCUUUCCGCCCCCCUUCUACUUCUCAUGUGGCCGUCUCUUUUGGAGUGACGGAGGAGGACGACGACAACAUGUCCCUGUCGGCGUCGACUAGCUGGUCGGAGGCGGAGCCUGAGCGUCCGAGUCACAUGGACAUCCAAUCAGAGUUUUCCAAAAUUAUGGAGUUGGCGGCAAAGGAGUUAGAUCUUAGCUGGACCUCACCCGACGAGCCGGCUAAGUGCAAAUUGGAUUCCUGGUUUCUCCAAUCGGGCCGCCAGCAGGCCGCUCCGAGGAGGAAGACACCUUUCUUCCCUGACGUUCAUGAUCAGGUCUCUAAAUCGUGGUCUGCGCCCCAGUCGGCGCGCGUCCAUGCUCCGGGGAUGUUUUCCCAGGUCGAUGGGGGUGAAGCCCACGGUUACGUGCGCAUUCCCCCUGUCGAGGAGAACGUGGCAGCGCACCUCUGUCCUGCUUCUGCAACGCUCGGCGCUGAUCGCGGACUGCCGUCGAAGCCGUGUCGGAUGACGGCCCAUCUGGCGGAAAAAGCCUACUCGUCAUCCGGGGAGGCGGUGGCGGCGCUCCACGCUAUGGCCAUUCUCCAGGUCUUCCAGGCGAAGAUUUUACAGUCGCUGGACGGCGCCGUCGAUGCGGAUACGGUCCGCAACCUCCGCGCUGCCACGGACUUUGAGCUGAUGGCCACGAAGCUCUCCGCUCAAGCCAUCGGAAAAUCCAUGGGAUUUUUAGUGGUCCUUCACUGUCACCUGUGGCUUACCCUAGCUGAGCUGAAGGACAACGAGCGAAAGGCAUUACUUAAUGCUCCAAUUACUCCCGCCGGCCUCUUCGGUGACGCCGUGGAGUCCGUUGUUGAGCGUUUUUCGGAGGCGCAGAAACGCUCGAGAGCUAUGAGCCAGCUGCUCCCCAGACGCUCAUCUUACCAAGAGACCGCCAGAUCGCGUUCUACUUCUGCCCCGCGAUCAGCGCAGCGUCCUUCUAAGCAACCUCAGGCUGGCUACACCGCGCCCGCUCGUUCCGAGCCUGACGUGAGACAGAGGGAUUGGCAGUUCCAGCCGAGGAAACGUCACGGACGUGGUCGGAGCCCUCGACGCGGUGGCGGGCAGCCUCAGUUCAAUUAUGUAAAUGUUGUUUGUGUGAAUGCAAAUGUAAUAAAGAUACAAACAUCAUCACAAAAAGAGCUAUUUCCUCCUCACAGCCCUUAUGCAGAGACGGAUGCCCUGCCGGAAGGCAGCGCGAGUUUGCAAAACAUACAGAGUGCUUGUCAAUCAAACUCAAACACCGCCAACGAGCCGUUAAACGAGAACCAGUUUCUAAGCGCCGGUCCUCCGCCCACACCUCUAACGUUGCAAAGGUACGGCGCGAACGUAGCAAACACGUUGCAUGCGUUAACGCACCGCCCGCUUCGCCCGCUCAGCCAAUUUCUAGACGCGUGGAAAGCUAUCCCCGGCGUGUCAGAGUGGAUAUUGAGCAUAAUAGAGCACGGUUACUCUCUACAGUUCAGACGCAGACCGCCCCGUUUCAAAGGCGUGGUAUCGUCAUUAACAGCACCUCAAAAUGCCCCAAUCCUGAGACAAGAGGUACAAAACCUACUCGCAAUAGGAGCGAUAGAACGAGUCCCUCACAGCGAGUUAGAGAGCGGUUUCUACAGCCGGUACUUUGUAGUACCCAAGAAAGACGGCGGAUUACGGCCGAUACUAGAUCUGAGACCCAUCAAUCGCGCGCUACGCAAACGUGCAUUCAAGAUGAUAACCGUGAGACAGAUCCUAGCGCAAAUUCGCCCUGGGGACUGGUUCGCCUCGAUAGAUCUGAAGGACGCUUACUUUCACAUUCAGAUAUCCCCCCGCCACAGGUGUUUUCUGAGGUUUGCGUUCGAAGGCACGAGCUAUCAAUACUCCGUUCUCCCGUUCGGGCUAGCUUUAGCCCCUCGUACAUUCACGAAAUGCAUGGAUGCAGCUCUCUCCCCCCUCAGAGCGAGUGGGAUGCGCAUUAUGAAUUAUCUGGACGACUGGCUGAUUAUGGCUCAAUCGCGCGAUCUGUUGAUCAGUCACAUAAAAGCAUUGCUUCCCCACUUAGAGUCGUUAGGGCUGCAAAUCAAUGCUCAGAAAAGCAAACUCGUUCCGAGUCAAUCCAUUUCAUACCUGGGCGUUCUGUUGGAUUCUACAUCGAUGCGUGCUCAUCUAUCGCAACAACGUGUAGAAACAUUAACGCUGUAUCUGCGUCGCUUCAGACCCGGCCGGGUUGUCCUCCUGAGGGAGUUUCAGAGGCUUUUGGGUCUAAUGGCGUCAGCCGCCCCGGUUUGUCAUCUAGGAUUGCUUCACAUGCGUCCGUUACAGAUGUGGCUAAAAGAUCGAGUCCCGCCGAAUAUGUGGGCAUCGACGUGCAUGCGAGUUCACGUGACACACAGCUGUGUCAACACUCUGAAACCGUGGCGCGAUCCGACCCUUUACAGUAUCGGAGCCCCCCUAGGUCAGAUAGCCUCUCGCUUAGUGGUCACCACGGAUGCGUCGACAUCGGGUUGGGGAGCAGUCUGCCAGGGCACACCCGCGUCCGGUACGUGGUCAGACCUGAUGAGAGAUUGGCACAUAAACCGGCUGGAAUUAAGAGCGGUAAUGUUAGCGCUCAGGGCAUUUCAACCGCAACUCGAGCGUCAACAUGUUCUAGUGCGGACGGACAACACGACGGUGGUUUCUUACAUAAAUCACCAGGGUGGUAUUCAUUCGAAAGCCCUAUUCGAGCAGGCAGCCAGCCUCCUACAAUGGGCGGUGCACUUGCUAUCUAUCAGAGCAGCGCAUAUUCCAGGCGCUUUGAACAAGGGCGCGGAUAUGUUAUCGAGGAACGGCCUUCCCCACGGAGAAUGGAGGCUUCAUCCCGACUCGGUUCAGCUGAUCUGGGACCAGUUUGGGAGAGCUUCGAUAGACCUUUUUGCGACGAGCGAGAAUACGCACUGCCCACUGUUCUUCUCGCUCACGGACGCCCCGCUGCAAGGGGAAGCGUUGACGUCGCGCUGGCCGAAAGUCAGUCUGUAUGCCUUCCCUCCUAUAAAGCUCAUACCGCUAGUAUUGUGCAAAAUCAGGGAAGAAGGAGCUACGGUGAUUUUAGUCGCGCCGGACUGGCCGAACCAACCAUGGUAUCCGGACCUGAGAGAGAUGCUAAUAAGCCCCCCAUGGCAGAUUCCAUUGAGAAGGGAUCUGCUGUCUCAGGUAGAGGGCUCAGUCUGGCACCCCAGCCCGGAACUGUGGAAUCUACACGCUUGGAAGGUGAGAGGAUCGUAGAUA